UUUUUUUGUAACUUUAAAAUUUAGAGAAAUAUAAAUAACUUAGUUUUGGGAGAAGAUGAACCAUCGGAAAAACACUGCAGCAGCCACUGCUGCUGUAAAACGGCCAAAAACUGUUCAGGCACUGGUACAUCUGCAGCAAAAAGAAAAACUAGAUCACAAAGACAUUCAGAGACGUCUACAUCUGCCAGUACAAGUGAGGACUCUGAUUAUGUAUGUCCUAAAUCUGGAUGUACCGAUAUUGGUCCCCCACGUACAAAUGAUUGGUAUAACUCUACUGAAACAAAAUAUGGUAUGUCUCCUGCUCUUAUGUCUAUCGAUACUCAACAGUAUCUGGAAAAAUAUCGUGCCAACUUGGAGAAAUGGUCCUCAAAGAAGUCUAAAGCCCCGCAUUCUAAACGACAACUUAGAUAAAAGAGUGAAUUUGCGAUUUUUUUUUUUUUGGUACUUAUUGACUGUAAGCAGUGAGAAUUUCUGGUCAAGUUGACACUAAAAAGCAAGAUAAAGACUUGUAUAUAGUUGUAACUUUCAUGAUUUUCUCUAGAAUCAACUAUUUAAUGCUUGAAACUAUACUAAAAUAUAGUUGUUUCUUGCAAGUCAGUUUUUAGUAUGUAGACAAAAGUUCACUUAGUUUUUAUCAAUUUUAGUGUUAAUUUUUCAAGUUUCAUAAAGGCUAAAUUAUAAUUAGAUGACACAAAGUGUUUUUUUCUUCUUUCUGGUGCCUUUAAAAUGUUAGUUAAUGAAAUGUAGUCAUGGAUAUUGUAUGGGAUUUGUAUAUUUUUUAUUUUAGUAUCAAAUUAUAUCUCUGGCUUGAGUAAGUUUGUGAAUAUAAUUUUAAUAUUAAGUUGAUGUUUCUGAUAUUUUAUAUUGUUAAUACUACAUAAUUUGAUAUCAAUAAGAUCCAUCACUUCUAAGUAUCCUGAAAACCACUGACCAUUUGAAAAAUCAAUUGAAGAAAGAUUGGAAUGAAAGCUAAGUAAAUUUUUAAUUAAAUUUCAAAAUUAGUUACUAAUUUUAUCAACAGAUGGGGCUGCUAUAAAAAAACUGUACGUUUUCAGCUGAAUAACCUUUAUAACUAAUUUUUUGAACCUAAGAGAAACAGAACAAAUCACAGCUAUUCUAUUUCCUUUUUUUUCUUUCUUUGAUUUUUCAAAUCCUCAGUAAUUUUGGGGGCAAUUUUUUUGUUAAAACUAGAUACAGAGAGUUCUUGUCUUCCCUGUACAUAUUAGUAUCUGUAUCACAUGUUGUGAUUAUUAUUUUUUUUUUAAUUAUUAAUUUGACACAACUCAUAUAAUUUUUUAAAAAAAGUUUCUGACAAUGAUGAACUGUCAGUUUAAAGUAUGUGUAAAACAUUACAUUUGUUAUGACCUAUUGACCUUUUUUUUUAGGUGUCUUUAUACAAGGACAAAUUAAAAUGAAUGUAUUUUGAAUAAAAUUAUAAGUUAUUUGA